AUGCCCGGUUCAAUUGACAUUCUAUUGGGAGCGGAAUCCUUCGUAUCAGUACUUAGAAACGGUCGUCGCACCGGUACUCAUUGGGAGCCGGACGUCUUCAAUACGGUUUUCGGCUGGGUUCUGAUGGGCUCGGUUUCCCCCUCCUUGCAAGUGCAAUCGCUGCACUCCUUUGUCACCACGCUCGAGUCGAUCGACGCGUCGGUGGAAAGGUUUUGGAAGUUGGAAGAAGUUCCGGAACACGUUCCGAUUUCAGAGGAGAACCGGCGUUACAGGGAGAUCGUUGAUAAAACCACGUGUCGCGACCAUUCGGGUCGUUUCGUGGUCUCAUACCCCUUUACAUCGCACCCUCCUUCAUUCGUGGACUCGCGACCCAUAGCAGUCAAUCGGUUACGCGCACUCGAACGCCGAUUCAAAUUGGAUCCCGAACUUAGAAAAGGUUAUAACGCGUUCUUACAGGAUUAUCUCGAUAGCGGACAUAUGGAGGUUGCAGACCAGACUUCUUCAUCGGACGGUUGCGUCUAUUAUAUGCCCCAUCAUGGGGUGUACAAACUCGAUAGUACGACCACCAAAUUGCGGGUCGUGUUUAACGCUUCGUCCAAAUGCCCGAACAGUAUAUCGCUAAACGACACAUUGCUCAGUGGACCGAAAUUACAACCAGACAUAAUCGCGCUCCUAAUUAGAUUCUGA